AGGGACAGACAGAGACAGAGAUACACUCAUACAGAUUAUUGGUACAGUACUGAAAGAAGAUGGUUGGCUCUUCCCCAGACUUGGGAUCUCUUUGUCUGGAGUCUCGUGGAAUGCCACUAACUCCAAGACCUCAGUCAACAUCAGGAAGGAGCUCAUCACGUAACUUCAACAGCCGAUCUUCACUGCAAUCAUCUUCAGGAUCAUUAUUCUCUGAGCCAGAUCUAAGAUAUUCUAUUACAAAAAUUGAACAUAUUCUUGCUGAGAGAGCAAAAGAGAAAGAAGCUGACUUGAGGAGAGCUUUCUAUGCUUAUGAUGUACAUCGAAACCUAACGGUCACCAAAGACGAAUUCCUAAGAGUGAUUGAAAAGUAUCUGUUGCCACUUAAUCCAAAACAGUUCCAGGAUCUACUUGCAAGGCUUCCCAUCAGUAGUGAUGAAACAGUUCCUUACAAUGUAUUUCUGGACCAGUUCUGUAUAUCUGAUGGAUCUCGAGUAAGAAGUACACUUAGCAGGAGCAGUUCUGUUAUGACCAAGUGCAAUAUGACAAUAAAAGAGAUCGAGAAUCAUCUCAAAGAAAAGAUUUCAAAUAAUUUAAAAAACCUCAUCAGAGCCUUUAAGUUGUUUGAUUAUAACAAGGAUGAGCACAUUCGGUGCUAUGAUGUUCGACGAGUUCUUGAGAGCUACUGCUUUCGAAUGACAGAUUCUCAAUUUGAAAGGCUUUGUUCUCGACAUCAACUGUCCAGAACUGGAACAGUGAAUUACAAGGAAUUCCUACAAAAACUGGGCAUUUAUGUUGAACCCUAUAAGAAACAUGUUUCAGAAAGUGUGGCACAAGCAAUGAACUGGGAAGCUUCUCCUCGAGAGCAAGAGAAACAGCCAGGUUUUCAUCGACCAAUGAUGGAAGAGUCUGCCAUAAACUUAGAAAGAUUAUCCAUGGAAGAAAUUGAUUUGGCUUUACGAAAAAAGGUGCGAACCAACUAUCAGGGUUUGUUGCAGGCAUUUGCAGCUUUUGAUGUGACCAAAAGUGGUUUAAUCUCAGUGGAAGACCUCAAAGCAAUUUUCAACAAUUUUGUGUUUCCUCUGAGCAAUGAAAUCUUUGAUGGCCUGAUGGAUAGGUUCAAUAUUAAACCUACUGGCAAAAUAGCAUGGAAACCAUUUUUACUCAGUUUGACAGAAUCGUCACCUAUGGAGAAUAGAUGGGCCAUCCCAACGCAGCACAGUGACAAGACUUUAGGAUUCUCCUUGCAGGACGAAACCAUGCCUGGUAUUACAGAUGCUCCAAAGUCAGCUCCUUGUAAAUCAGAAAAUCAUGAAACAAAGUUUCAUGUAGAUCCUGUUGGAAAGAUAAUUGACAACAGCAAAAGUAGAGACCUUUUACGGAAGCUACACAAAUACUUACAGGAGAGAUACCCUGCACUAAAGAAGGUAUUGAGAAGUUUUGAUGAUAAUCACAAAGGUAUAAUCACUAGACAAGAACUGCGUCGAAUUCUGCAGAGUGUUCCUUUACGACUAACUGAUAAACAGAUUAAGGAUCUUAUGCUGUUGCUGGACCCAGAGCAUAGUGGGGUUGUUCACUAUAAUCAUAUCCUCGAUUUAAGUGAAACAGAUGAAGAAAAGAUUAAUGGAAGGUAUAUGAAUGGAGCUACAACAGUUAAACAAGAUACCCCUGAGGAAGCGGUGUGGAAGACUGUGGAAGAUAUUCUCCGUAACAAAAUUAAUCAAAAUUGGAAAGAAAUGCAAAAGGCUUUGAUGAAGAGUGAUCCUGAAAAGACUGGCACAAUAUCCCUUGCUGCAUUGCGAAAGAUCCUAGAAACCUACUGUCUCUCAAUUUCUGAUCAACACUUUGAGAAAUUAUGCCAGCAACAACAGAACAACAACUUACAUGUGUCAUACCAACAAUUUCUGGAAAGUCUUGGGGUGCAUGACAUUCCUAAAAUCGUUGGCACUGAUGUGCUUCAACAACAAGACAAAAAAAGAUUAGCAAAGCAAGGAAAUGAAAACCUUAUACGAGGCAGUAUGAUGACAGUGAAUGAGGUGAAAUCAGAGCUGUGGCAACGUAUUAUGAACUGCGACAGUGUCAUUAGAAAAAGUUUCCUGACCCACAAGAACCAAUCCAAUGGAAAAAUCAACAAGGAAGGAUUCAAGAAGGUGUUGCAUGAUUGUGAAAUAAUCAUGGAUGAUCAUCAGUUUGACAUUCUGGCUGACAUGCUGGGGUUCAAGAAUCAAGAAUUUAGUUUCUCCGACUUUUCACAACGCUUUAAAGAUUACAGAUCAGUAAAGCAGUGCUACAGUGAUACAGGUGAUUCCAAAAUGAAACGCAUGAUUGCAGAUGACUGUUUUAAUUACAUCACGGAUAAACUGAAAAGUACAAUUUUGGAUUUGCAUUCUGUAUUUGAUCGAUUGGACCGUAAUCAUGAUGGACUAAUUACAAUGUACGACUUUCGUACUCUGUUUGACAACUGCUUGCUUUCAACAACAGAGUAUCAUCGCUUUUUAGGGAUGGUGGGACUGAUACCUGAGGCAAAACUAUCCUAUCUUGAUUUCUUUAAGGUGUUAAAUAUGAUCGAGUCCAAACAGAGCCCCCGCUGGAAUACAUCUGUUUACAAUUGUCUUGAAAUAAACUAUUUUCAUGAGCACAAACAAAGGGCAAAAAGCGACCAAAAUUAUAAUCUGAGACGGAAACAAAGAACACUGGAAAGUUGCAGCUCAAUAUAUGACAAAGAUUGUUCGUUGCUUGCCUGUGAGCAGGUCCAUGACUUCUUAGCUGCUAAAGCCAAAACAGGAUGGCAUGAACUGUCUCAGGCUUUUAAACGUAUUGACUCAGAUGGUAACCUUAUUGUGGAAAAGAAAGAUAUGAGGGACCUUUUGUAUCAGCUCUGUUUGCCAAUUUCAGCAGAACAAUUUGAAAAACUUUGGUCUUGGUAUGAUUCAGAUAAGAAAGGCUUUACCACCCACCUUGAGUUCCUGAAGAAGCUUAGGAAUAGAUUUGCAAGACCGGUCCAGACAGACAGUAAACAAAUCGUUCCAGAGAGCCGAGGCAGAUUAAUGGAUCAGUCCAACAAGCAACAGCAAUUCCACACCGAUGGAAUCCAACAGAAACUUCAGACAGGAAAUCUUAAUAUCACUGAGCUGAAAAAGCAGCUUAAAGCUAAAUUCAGGAACCACCAUAAAGGCUUUCAUGAGGCCUUUGACAAACUAGAUAAAAGGAAUGAUGGCUGUGUGUCAGUAAAUGAUUUUCAAAGGGUGCUGAAGGAUCAUAACUACCACCUGGGUGAAGAACAACUUAAACAGCUCUUGGUCAGGUAUGAACAGACAUUACACUUGGUUAUCAGGCACCCAACAGAUGCAAUUUUUGUAGCGUGCAAUCCUCAAGUCUUGUUGUGUCAAAAUGGAAUUGCCAUCUGUUUAUAUUUGCUCUUGGUUCACACAUCCCACUUCAGUUUGGAAAUCCCGAUGCACAAUUGCAAAUUUUCUUACGCUGAUUUCUUGAGAGCCAUUGAGGAUAUUGAAGAUAAGUCACUGAAGCGUGGCCCAAAACUUACAUUUAUUCCACGUGAAAAUUUUCAAAUACAAUCUCCAGAGAAAAUGCUCACUAAACUAAAAGGAGAAGUCGCCAAAUCCUCAAAUGCAUUGUUGGAGGCCUUCAAAUCAUUUGAUAAAUAUGGGAAUGGAAAGAUCAAUUCAUUAGCAUUCCGCCAGGUACUUCAUAAUGUAUGCUUCAGACUAACAGACAAGGAGUUCAAUUACCUUCUCAGCAAAUUGAAAUUAGAUUCAGACUACAUGGUAGACUGGCUUGACUUUCUACAGAGCUACAAUAUCUACAAUUAUAAGGCUGCAGAGAAACCAGAAGGACAAGAUCAAGCCAGCAGACCUAAGUCAUCUCAACAGUUAACAAUGGUUGAAAUUAUGUCCCACAUCCGAGAGGUGGUUAACUCAUGCCUCUACAUCAUUACUCAAGAGUUUGAAGAGGUUGAUUAUGCAAAUAUAAAAGUUGUUUCUAAGAAGCACUUUAAGGAAAUAUUUUUCAAACAUUUCAUGAGCCUCACAGAUGAACAGUUUGAAAACCUAUGGAACCAUUUGCCAGUCAAUGAAUUUGGAAAUCUGGAUUAUCAUAAAUUUCUGAAUCAGUUCACUGGACAGCAGUCGGGGGAAUCACAACCGAAGGGAAAUACAUCACUGACUAAACCAUCCACACCUGGAUCUGGGAGCAGGCCUCCUUCUGAAGCUCGACGCCCCAAAACUUCAUCUUCCAUCCACAGUGAUAGAAAGGAGUUGGCUCAACAACGAGCCUCCAUGACACCAUCAGUGAACUGUGAGGAAAUUGAGCAGAGGCUGAAGAAAGAUGUUUCCAAAAUCUGGAAGGCGAUAGAGAAGGAGUGCAAAGAGAAGGACACUGAGAACAGGGGUGAAAUUGACGCCAAAGCUUUUAAGGAUAUAAUGAAGAAGUUUUGCUUGAUAGUUAAACCAGAAGAAUUCCAGCAGCUGGCAAAAAAAUAUGAUAUCAAGAACACUGGACGUUUUGCAUACAAUGAAUUUCUUCAGCGACUCGUCCUGUCACUGGGGCCAUUAGACGAGAACCCACUGGAGAGAAUGAGAAUCCCACAUCCAAAGAUCCCAAUGAGUCCAGGAACAGAACAUGAGAUAUUUACUGACUUAAUGAUGCGUAUCCAGCCAUGUAUAGCAAAAUGUUGGAAGCUAAUGCGCCGUACUUUCAAAGUCUAUGAUGAUAUUGGGAGUGGGUACAUCUCACUUUUUCAAUUUCGACAGGUCUUGCGGCAGUAUGGGAUCAACAUAACUGAGGAAGAGUUUUACUAUCUGUCGUCUUAUUAUGACAAGCAUCUACAAGGAACAAUCUCAUACAAUGAAUUUCUGCGCGCAUUCCUCUGAUAAAUGUCUACUUAUAUUUUUAUUGAAUAGAGAGAUAAAACAGAUUUACAGUGAUAUGGUAACAGCUCUAAGCUAAAGUGGUUUGCUAGAUGGUCAACCUU